UCAAAUGUUCAGCAUUAUGUGAAGACUGACUGGGAAGAAGCAGGUUUUUUUACGAAACUAGAAAAUCAAUAAAUCAUUGUUAGUCUAAUGAAACUGUGUGUUGUAUUUUUUCAAUUGUUCAAUUCUAGUCUCACUGUUAACCAUUGAUAGAGAUUUAAUCUACACCAGUUAAUUAGACUAUUGUUUACCAACAUUACACAAUGUGUGCUUCAAGUUGAUCAAUAUAAUCGAGUAAUAUAUUAAUAUAAUAUACACUGACUGUGGAACUGUUAUAUUUGUGUUAUUUUUUAUCAAUAUACAUUUCAUUCGUCCAAUCCUGUUUCAUUGGUGUGUUUCUUGUGUCUACAUUAUUAUUUUACUAUUUCAUCUGAUUGAGUUACAUUUUUUAGUAGUUUUUUAAUGUUCAUAUUUUACCAGUUUUAUCACCAAUCCAUGGAUCAAUCAAAAAGAUUAAACCUUAAAAUGGUAAACUAUAAAAAACAAUUAAACCUCUAGUCAACAUUAGGUUAAUCAAAAAGCAAGCAUAAAAUAAUCCACGCAAAGAUAAAUAAACAGAGCAACAACAUUUUCUUCAUUAUUGCUAUCAUCAACUGGGACACAAUCAGUAUCAUCAUUUUGAUAAACAUCGAAAGAAAGGAAAAGAAUCUGUACUUCCGUGGCAUUUUUCAAAAUUAUGGCGGCAUGUUGCCCUGACAAUUUAUCCUGAGCGAACGAUCAGUUAAUCUUUGGAAUCGUUUUUGUUUGUCUUUUUAUAUCUUUGGUUUAUACUUUUGGCUAUUCAAACCUUUAUUGUUGAAACAUGUUAACCAGCUCGUUAUCGAUGGAUGAAGAUAAGGAAAAUAAUGCAAAUGUCUCAGACAUGGAGACUGGUUUCCAAAAUAACUUUAACCGCCGUAUUCGUGCAAGGAAAGGUGCUCUUAAAAAGAAAAACAUUUUCGAGGUUAAGCAACACAAAUUUAUGCCUCGUUUCUUCAAACAACCAACCUUUUGCUCUCAUUGUAAAGAUUUUAUUUGGGGAUUUGGUAAACAAGGUUUCCAAUGUCAAGUGUGCUCAUUUGUUGUCCACAAGAGAUGCCAUGAAUUUGUCUCCUUUACCUGCCCUGGCAUUGACAAGGGCUAUAAAGGAAGCGAUGAUACCCGUACCAAGCAUUCAUUUAUCGUUUACACCUUCACUUCUCCCACCUUCUGUGACCACUGUGGUUCUUUAUUAUAUGGACUACUUCAUCAAGGAUUUAAGUGUAAAUCGUGUAACAUGAAUGUUCACAAAAGAUGCCAAGAGAGUGUCCCUAAUUUAUGUGGCUGUGAUCAUACUGAACGGCGGGGUCGCCUUGAAUUAAAGGCAUGGAUUGAAUGCAAUAAAUUGAUCUGUGAAAUUCGGCAAGGUAAAAAUCUUCUUCCAAUGGAUCCUAAUGGUUUGUCUGAUCCUUAUGUCAAAUGUAAAAUCAUUCCUGAUGGAGGUGAAGGUGUCAAACGUAAAACUCGAACCAUUAAAGCAAAUUUAAAUCCUCAAUUCCACGAAACAUUAGUUUUUGAUUUGAAACCAGAUGAUAAAGAUCGAAGAUUAUUGAUUGAAGUUUGGGAUUGGGAUCGAACCUCACGCAAUGAUUUUAUGGGCUCGCUAUCAUUUGGUAUCUCAGAGUUAAUGAAACGUCCGGUUGAAGGUUGGUUCAAAUUGUUGACUCAAGAGGAAGGCGAAUACUAUAAUGUUCCGGUUCCUCCGCCGGAUGCAGACAUUUUAGAGAUAACGCGGCAACAGAGAACAGGAUUUUCAUCUUCCCUUGCACCAACUCCACCACCGCCACUUGGUACAUCUUCCUCCGUAACUUCACCUUCUGGCGGUGUCAGUGGUUCCCGGUCAUUGUCCAGAGCUGGAUUAGAAGGUUUAGAUGGUCGUUUCACGUCCGAGUUACCUCAUAAUAUGGGUAAACAAGAUGUUAUUCGUGCAUCUGAUUUCAAUUUUAUUAUGGUGCUAGGUAAAGGCUCUUUUGGUAAGGUUAUGUUAGCCGAGAGAAAAGGAACGGAUGAACUUUAUGCAGUUAAAAUAUUAAAGAAAGACAUUAUCAUUCAGGAUGAUGAUGUUGAAUGUGCCAUGGUGGAAAAACGAAUACUUGCCCUCUCAGAGAAGCCACCUUUUUGGUUCAACUUCAUUCCUGCUUCCAAACAAUGGAUCGGCUCUAUUUUGUCAUAAUAUGUCAAUGGAGGUGAUUUAAUGUUUCAAAUUCAGCAAACUGGUAAAUUUAAAGAACCUGUAGCUGUUUUUUAUGCCGCUGAAAUAGCAAUUGGUUUAUUUUAUCUCCAUUCUCGUGGUGUUAUUUAUCGUGACUUAAAACUGGACAAUGUGCUUCUCGAUCAAGAGGGUCACAUUAAGAUUGCCGAUUUUGGAAUGUGCAAAGAAAACAUUUAUGGUGAUCGGACAACGAAAACUUUUUGUGGUACACCAGAUUAUAUAGCACCAGAAAUUAUUCUUUACCAACCUUAUGGUAAAUCGGUUGACUGGUGGGCCUAUGGUGUUUUGUUAUAUGAAAUGCUGGUGGGUCAGCCUCCUUUUGACGGAGAAGAUGAAGAAGAACUGUUUGCGGCGAUUACUGAUCACAAUGCUUCUUAUCCUAAAAGCCUUUCAAAAGAAGCCAAAGAUGUCUGUAAAGGUUUCUUAACCAAAAAUCCUAAUAAACGAUUAGGAUGUGGAGCAUCUGGUGAAGAAGAUAUUCGUAUGCAUCCAUUUUUCCGUCGAAUUGAUUGGGAAAAGAUUACUGCUCGUGAGGUUCAACCUCCUUUCAAACCCAAGAUUAAACACCGUAAAGAUGUUUCCAAUUUUGAUAAACAGUUUACUUCGGAGAAAACUGAUCUCACUCCAACAGACAAGCUGUUUAUGAUGAAUUUGGAUCAAACAGAGUUUGCUGGAUUUUCCUAUCUUAAUCCAGAAUUUAUUCAACACAUCUGAUCAAAAUUAUAAUCACUUUAAAAAAUACAAAAAAAAGUAAUACUAAAGUAACCCAUCAUCGAGAAACAAAGAAACAAAGAUCGCAUACCAUUGCUAUUGUUUUUAAAACAACUACUUACUAUUACUUGAGGCAAUAUUUUAAUUCAAAAGAAUAUUAAUUCAGCACCAGAUGAAGAAACAUUCAACAUUUUCAUUUCAAUCGAAUUUUUAUUAUUUGACUUUUUCUAGUCUUUCCACUUAUCAUUUCUUCUUCUUCUGGCAAAUCUGAUGAUGACGAUUAUGACAAGCAUUCAAAUGGCAUAACUCAAUAUUUCCAAAUUUUUGAUUAACUCUGAUUAACUUUUUUUUCAUUUUAAUCAGCAUAAUGUUCAUACAAUCACAAUGCCUUCCAUGAUGAAUGACGCUGAUGGAGGAUAACCUCACCUCACCUGACCCACCUUUAUUCCCUCACUGACAAAAAUCUCUGGAAGCAAGCAAAAGGAGAAAGCAACCACAAAUUAAUAUAUGUUUAAUUAAAAAUGUCAACACUUUAAAGUUUGCUUGAAAUUAUUUAGUCUAAGACUGAAUUUUACUCACUCAUACAAUUGAUUAAUCAUUUGAAGUUAUUACAGCACUCAACUAGUCUUCAUCUUAAACUAAUGCUUCAUUCAAACUUUAAAGAUUCAAGUUAAGUCAUUAAGACUGAAAAAAUUUUUCUCGAUGAAUCGACAAAACUCAAAUAUAUUAUCACGCUAUACUUUUCUAGGGCUACAAAGUAAUUUUAUUUUAUUAUCUCACCGAUUUUGUUGUUUUUUUCUGUUAAUUUUUAUCCACAUUGUUAAUUUCAAUCCAAUUGAUCUCCUUUUUUAUUCAUUUCAAUCCUUUUCCAAAUUUGUUGUGUUUUGUUUCGUUUUUGCGUCAAGACCAAAAGAAUUAAGAAAUUUAUGUAAAUAUAUUGACACCAAUCGAGUUUGUCGACUAAUCUAGUUUGUUAAAUUAUAUUGAAAUUGGAUUGUUGCCUUGUUUUUCUUUGUAAAUUAUUAUUAUUGAACCAAUCAACAUUCCAGUUUCACAUUGAUGAUUAGUCAUUAAAACCAAUAACCAGAUGAUUCCUGUAAUAGAUUGAAUCUUCUGAAUAUGAAAUAAAUAGUGUACAAUUACAAUACCAA